AUGAUGAGCUCAAGACACUGGAGUGAGACAAGCAACAGCAGCUGUGGAACCCAGCAACCGUCGGAGCUGCUGCAGUGUCAGCCGCAGCAUUACCAUUGCUACCAUCAGUCAAACGUAGUUCAGCAACCUCCAGAAAAAAAUGUGGUAUAUGAGCGAGUGAGAACCUACAGCGGGCCCAUGAACAAAGUCGUUCAGGCCUUGGAACCCAUCAGCUCUCGGGAAGUCCUCUCUCCUCUCCGAACUGCUGGCUCCUAUCAAAAUUUGGUUUGGAGUGACCAUUCUCAGGAACUCCAUUCUCCAACUCUGAAAAUAUCUACUUGUGCCCCAAGCACAUUACAAGUUAAUCAAAAUGCUGAACAGGAACUCCAUUUUCCAACAAUGAAAAUAAAUACCUACCCACAGACUACUAUUAGGAGUUAUGUAGUUCAAAAUCCUGAUCAGGAGCCACUCUCGCCACUGCUAAAAGGAGGCCACUUCUUCCCAGGAAACAAUGUUAUUUAUGAAAAAACAAUAAGAAAAGUGGAGAAGUUAAAUAUGGAUCAGGAAUGCUGUCCUCAGAUUCAAUGCCAUCAUCACAUUGUACAACAGCCCCAGAUAAUCCACUUUCCACACUGCCAACAAUCUUGCUCUGGUCAACAUAUCCAAACUAUUGUAGGAAAUGACUCAGCUUCUACAAAUACUGGAAAGGAAUUAUGCCAUGGUGGAUCAAGCCAUGUACAUGAUCAGGUGAUAAUUCAGGAUGAUGGCCCUGAAAAAUUGGACCCUAAAUAUUUUGGAGAGUUGCUUGCUGAUCUAAGUCGUAAAAAUACAGACCUAUACCACUGCUUAUUAGAACAUUUGCAGAAAAUUGGAGGAAGUAAACAGGACUUUGAAUCUACAGAUGAGUCAGAAGACAUUGAAUCAUUGAUUCCUAAAGAGUUGUCACAGUUCACAAGACAGCAAAUUCGCUAUAUUUUGCAGAUGAGGAGCAUGUCUGACAAGUCACUCCGGCUAGUUCUGUCUACAUUCAGCAAUAUACGAGAGGAGCUUGGACAUCUUCAAGAUGAUUUGACAUCACUGGAAAAUGACAAAAUAAGACUUGAAAAAGACUUGACAUUCAAAGAAGCUCAAAUAAAAGAGUAUGAAGAACUCGUGGCAUCAGUGAGAGCAAAUAAUCGCCAGCAACAGAAAGGACUUCAAGAUAUGACCUCGAAAUGCCAGAUGUUGGAAGAAAACAAUCUCUCUCUUAGACAUACAUUGUCAGACAUGGAAUACAGACUAAAAGAACUGGAAUACUGUAAAUGUAAUUUGGAAAAAGAGAAUAAGAAUCUUAGAAUACAGAUUUCUGAGACAUGCACAGGUCCAAUGAUGCAGGCUAAAAUGGAUGACAUUGGGAACCACUACAUGGAAAUGGUAAAAAGCUUAAGAAUGGAGAAAGAGAGAGAGAUCUGCAAGCUAAGGACUCAGUUGAAUCAGUACCAAAAAGAUAUUUCAAGAAGAGAAGGAAGUUGCAGUGACUUCCAAUUCAAACUUCAUGAACUGACAAGCUUGUUGGAAGAGAAGGAUUCCCUUAUAAAGCGUCAGUCAGAGGAACUCUCGAAAUUGAGACAAGAAAUAUAUUCAUCUCAUAAUCAACACUCCAGUGGUGGAAGGACUACUAUUACAACUAAAAAGUAUAGGACACAAUAUCCGAUUCUAGGCCUCCUCUACGAUGACUAUGAAUAUAUACCACCAGGUAGUGACACACAGACUAUCGUGAUUGAGAAAACAGAAGAUAAAUGGAGUUGUCCAUGAAUGAAUCUCCAAACCAAAGAAGUUUUUGAGUGUGUCUGCAUUAGUACUUUAUUAUUUUUCUACCAACAAAUGCCCAUCAAGAGUCUUAACCAGCGAUUAUCCAGUGAACCUAAUGGAAUGAAUUAGUUGUGUCGAAGAGUUUCUCCAGCUAUCUGUGACACCUAAUUACGUACUAUCACAAUGAUGCAUUCAAUUUAGUAAUAUACAACUGUUUAAAACUUCAACUUACAAAACUAUACAACAUACAGUGCUGUUUUUCAAUAGGGUACUUCUUUUGUACUUAAUUUGUCAUGAUAGAGAUUUUAUAAGCUAUUCCAGGAGAUUCCCACUAAUAUAUAUGCAAUACAGUUACAAAAAUAAGUACUGUUUCCUUACUAAGAGGCUAGCCUAUUUUAAAAUUGAAUUUCAAACUGAAUUUUAAAUUGAAUUUGAAACUUAAUUUUAAAACUGCAGCUUAAACUGAAUUUUAAAACUGAAGUUUAAACUGAAUUUUUAAAAAUCAGUUUACCAAGUUCCAUGGUAUAUGCAGCAUAUGUUUGACUGUCUCACUUUAAACUUUGUGACAUGCUUUAUUAUAUGCAACUCUUGGAGAAAUAAUUAAAUUUCAGGUGAUGGUUAAUUUAUCAGGGAAGUGGGAUAAUAGCUUUAGAAAAACUGAAUCCAUUAAAUACCAUAUAUUAUGCUAUUAUGAUUCUAAGAACCUAUCAGUGGCUCAGAAAAUCUGUCCUUUCAAUGUAUAUCUCUUAGCCCUCCCACAUCAUUAUACACAUAUAACUCUAUAUUAUACUAGU